UAUCAGAGCGCAGCUCAGUGUAACGACGAUGAAGGGAAAACUUCAGUCGUAUGCGGGAAUAUAGAGAAAUACAUGGGAGGUAGGAGAUUGACAGGAAAAUCAUUAAUCUCCCUUCUGAAUCCAUAAAGUUGCCAUAUAUACUGGCAAUACCGCGGAUAAUUCCUGUGGAACUCAGGUCCCGCGUCCCGGUUACCCCAAGCUAAUACCGCCCAUGCUGUGGGGGUCUCUAUACACACACAUUGCUCUGCUUAUACAGACACAACAAAUCCUCCCACCGGUCUCCCUCCCCGUUCUGUAUCCAAAGCACAGCUGAUUUUGCCUCCUCUCCUCUUCCCAUUGGUGGAGCCGCGGAGUCACAUGCUUGAGUAAUCUGCAUUCACAGGCUCAGCGCUCAGAGACUAACAAAUCUUUCUGGAACCGCCGGACUUUCUCUCCUAAGGGCACCGGGGGGAGUAAACUAUUCCCGGUACGUGUGUGCCUGUGGGAACAACAGUUCCAAGCAGUGACCCGCCUGUGUGCUAACGAUGGAUGGAUCCGUCCGCGCUCUUCAUACACUUGUUACUUUCACUCUCCUGACUUCCGGGCUUGUAUUGGCUGUUCCAGGGGAACUUUGUGGAAAAACCCCAUGUCUUAAUGGAGGAACCUGUCUAAAAGAUGCACCUGACAAUCCUUUCUGUCUUUGCCCAGUUGGUUUUACUGGAAUCGAUUGUAACAUAACUGAAAAGGGCCCUUGUGAUCCUAAUCCCUGCCAGAACAGUGGGGAAUGCCAAGUCCUGUCUGAUUCUGGAAGAGGUGACACCUUCGUACAGUAUUUCUGCAAGUGCCUGCCUGGAUAUGAAGGACACAACUGUGAAAUCAAUAAGAACCACUGCUAUACAAACCCCUGCAAAAAUGGGGGUAUCUGCAAACACCUUGGUGACGACUUUUCAUGCAAAUGCGCUUCACCAUAUAUAGGGAAAGUAUGCAACAUCCGUUGUGCCAAUGCUUUGGGAAUGGAAGGAAGGGCAAUUUCAGAUGCCCAGAUAACAUCAUCUUCUAUGUACCAUGGCUUCCUUGGUUUACAGCGCUGGGGGCCCAACCUGGCCAGGCUCAACAACAAGGGCAUGGUAAAUGCCUGGACAGCGAACAGCCUUGACCAGCAUCCAUGGAUACAGGUCAAUCUGCUAAGAGAAAUGAGAGUGUCUGGAGUCAUCACUCAAGGAGCCAGCAGAAUGGGCACGGCUGAGUAUGUCAAAGAGUUUAAGGUGGCAUACAGCGUCGAUGGGCAUGAGUUCACUUUUUAUAAAAGUGAAGGAAAGGACAAGCUGUUUCCUGGGAACAUAGACAAUGAUGGAAGGAAGGCAAACCUAUUUAGCCCACCAAUCUCUGCUCGGUUCAUCCGCAUAUAUCCUGUGACAUGCCGUGUUGCCUGUACUCUUCGCUUUGAGCUCUAUGGCUGUGAACCAAGUGGUUGCUCUGACCCUCUUGGAAUGAAAACACAAGUGAUUUCUGAUAAGCAAAUAAAAGCAUCCAGUGUUUACAAGACUUGGGGCAUUGAUGCGUUUACAUGGCACCCACACUAUGCCCGUUUGGACAAGAUCGGCAAGACCAAUGCUUGGACUGCACUUGAAAAUAACCAGGAACAAUGGUUGCAGAUUGACCUCCGAAUUCCUAAGAAGAUCUCUGGCAUUAUUACACAGGGUGCAAAAGACUUUGGGAAUAUUCAGUAUGUGGAAUCAUUCAAAGUGGCUUACAGCGACGAUGGCAACACCUGGAAGAUUUACAAAGACAGCAGGACAAAAGCAGAUAAGAUCUUCCUUGGAAACAAUGACAACUAUUCUCACAAAAAGAACCUUUUUGAUGUGCCAUUCUCUGCCCGUUUUGUGCGUGUUCUUCCUCAGUCUUGGCAUGAGCGCAUCACACUUCGAAUGGAACUCCUGGGCUGUGAUGAUUAAAAGUAGCCCAAGUGGUUGGCGACUGCAGUGUCCCAGAAUCAAACCUUCUCUUAUCACUGUCUCCUUUAUUUAAUGCACCUGCUGACUACUAAAAUUCCCCUUAAUUGUGACCUAAAUCUGUGUUUAGGGGUGGGGUGUCCCAUUGGCAUUCUUUUGACACUCCAGAAUAUGACCUGUAGUGGAGAAGUCAUUUAUCCCUCAGUGGAACAUGGAGUGUCUCAACUAGAAAGCAAUGUCAAGCCGAGUCAAUGGCACAAUGAAGGCAUAGGCCCUUGCCUAAGAUGGGCCCUGUAGCUGUACAUCAGGGGUGUCAUUUUAUGGCACACCAGCUAUUUGAACUACAACAUCUAGCAUUUACCACAGCAGGCUCUGUCAGACAGUGCUUGUUGUAGUUGAACAAACGCUGGAGGGUCAUAUAUAUUGCACAUUAUUGGUUUACCUCAUUUGCUGCAGCUAAAAGCCAAUUCCAUACUUUUCUGGGAUAUCUUUGUUUAAUUUGGGGGCUCCGACCUUGAAUUAUUGCCCAGGGUCCCCCAUUUUUCUAAUUCUUGCCCUUCUUUUUAUACUUCCAGUAUUCACUGAUCAGAUCUCAACAGCCUUAUAGGCCAUGCCGAGGGUAAUGUAAUAAAUUGUGCAAAAUUUGCUCAGGUCUAGUUGCCUAUAGUAACCAGUAAAUGCUACACGCUCAUAGGUUAUUGUGGCUGACUAGACCAGUAGCACACUUUGCACCUUUUAUCUUAUUACCCCUAAUCACAUGUACUCAUGCACAUACCUUUCCCUGUAUGAUCCAUUUUAUCCCCUUAUGCACAUUGUUUCCCCCCUUACCAAUUCAGUAUUUUAAAGAUUGACAAUUAAUAUUGUAACCAUUGGGUGUACUAAGCUUUCCUAAUUUUGUUUGUAUUUUUUUUUUUAAAAUCCAAUUUAAUUAUUUGUUUUUUUUGUUAACUUGCACAAUUGUUUUGGCUUAUGAUGUUCUUUGUGCUUAAUAUAUAAAGAUAUGACCAACCUGUGACUCCCUA